AUGUGGUCUAACAGUCAACGCGUGCCACGAUCUCCAGAACAUCGAGACGUGAGCUCUCCUAAGCGUCAGAUGAAAGUUUCAGUGAAAAGUGUCAGUUUCUUUUUACCCGAGUCUGAUCUGAACGCCGAUACUGAGUGUCCCUCGUCUGAUCUGCCCCAUUCCUGGAGCAGUGCAGUGAGGAUGGACACAAGUGCACCUCUCCAUCAGCAUCCUGAGGUUGUAUGCUCAAACUUGACUGUUCUGAAGCUGUGCCAUGUUCCUGUGAAACCUGCUGAAAAGCAGAAGUUCACUGAUGGUCAUGGGCUUCCAAAACGUCGAGGAGUGAGGUCUCUUAAACAUAUGAUGGAAGUUUCACUGGAAGACAUUAACUAUCUUUCAUGUGAACGUGACCUGAAUGCCAGCAUUGAACAUUCCUCGUCUCUUCUGCUGCCCCAUUCUGAGAGUCGAGAAGUGAGAACAGAUAAACAUACACUUCUCCGUCAGCAUCCUGAUGCUCCACGCUCAAAACUGCCUGUUCUAAAGUCAAAGUGUGUUCCUGUGAAGACUGUCAACCAGCAGAGUUUCACAGAUGAACCCUCAGAAUGGCUGGGCAUGGGGUCGAAUCAUAUGAAGAAAGGUACAGUGAAAAAUAUCAACCCUUCAUGUGAGUCUGACCUUACUCAUUCUGUUGCUGGAUGCUCAAAACUGCCAGUUCUGAAGUCAAAGUGUGCUCCUGUGAAGCCUGUCAGUGGAGAGAAAUUCAAUGAUAGACCUCCAGAGCAUCAGAUGAAAGUGUCACUGAAAGACUUCAGCUAUCUGUGUGAGACUGAUCUGAAUGCCAGCGUUUGCUGUUCCUCAUCUCUUCUGCCUCCUUCUGGGAGCAGACCAGUGAGGAUGAAUAAACGUAGGCUUUUCCAGCAGCAUCCUGAUGCUCCACGCUCAAAACUGCCCAUUCUGAAGCCAAACCAUGUUCCUGUGAAGCCUGUCAACCAGCAGUGCUUCACAGAUGAACCCUCAGAAUGGCUGGGCAUGGGGUCUUGUGAGAAUCAGGUGAAAGUUUCACUGAAAGGUCCUCCAUAUGAGUCUGACCUGAAUGUCAGUGUUGAGUGUUUAUCAUCCUAUCUGGCAGUAAGAGUAGGCAAAUCCCAGCAUCCUGCAGCUGUUUCCAAACACUUGCCUGUUUUGAGGCCACGCUGUGCUCCUGUCAAGCUUUUGGGUGGACAGAAGUUCAUUGUCGAAGCACCAGAACAUCGAGCGUCGAGGUUUCCUCCUUUAGUGAAUAAGGCAGAGAGGACUGGCAUUGACCCUUCAUGUGGGUCUGAUUGGAAAGUUAAGUCUCACCUUUCCUUACCCAGCCUGCCACGUCUUACAAGUGGAGUGAAGAUGGGAAAACAUGUGCCUCUGCAUGUUCCCGUGUUUACAAAAUUGCCUGCUCUGAAAGCAGCUCAUGUUCCUGAGCAACCUGUUCUUCCUUCAAACUUCAUGUUUUUUCCAUUUGAUGAUGAGGAUGUCAAGAUGAAGAGGGCUCGGUCAGUAAAAAGAAGCCCUCCUCUGCCUUCAAGGUUCCACUCUGCAACCUAUUUUUAG